GACGACCUACUUGUAACUCCUCCCUCAUCACUAACAGGAGGCGCCCCUCAAGAUUAUGCGUCACGUAGCGUCUUUCCAACAGCAGCGCAAGAAAAUAUACUCACUGGAACAGUGUCCCAGAAACCAGGAGUUGUGACUAGCAGCGCCGUGGCUAUGCAGCCAUAUGCUGCACUCCCUACUGAACAGGUACAUGCUGUCCAAAUUCCAAAGCAAUCAUCAAAUACAUUAAUUGCUACGGGUCCUGGAAUAUCUGAAGAAGCAAGAGCGGUGCCGAGAAACAUAGCAAUAUUUGAAAAGACUAGAGCAAGUAUGCGCUUCCCUGCCAAACAUUCUACAAAGGCAUCUGCAGAUAUGCUGCAAGAAGUGCCGAGAUAUGUUCAAAGUCCACAAAUACCACAAAAUCUGGAAAGUCACAGAGGCGGCACGCCAUAUGGAGUGCAACCGUCAUCUGAAGCUGAAAUUCCUGGAAAAGUGCCCGACGCUUAUUUCAUGGGUGCGGCUUCCACGAGAAAGUCAAGACGUUCAUUCAAUGUAAGAGUACGACGUGCCGUGCCAGACAUUGGAACACUUCUACCCCUCCAAAACGGAAGUACCCUACAACGUAACGUAUCCCAUGCAGUGGUGCCUACUUUGUCUCGUGCAACGAUGCCAUUCGAAAGCGUGCCAGAAAAGCAACAAAUUUUGACAGGCAGAGGCGCAGCUAAGCAGCAUGUUGGCCUUAGUCCAGUUGAGCAGGGGAAUAUGGUAAACAUGAGAAAUCCCUUGUUGACAGCACAAGGCUAUAGUACAGCGAAGGAGGCAAUAACACUGUCGAAAACUACACGGAUUAAUCAAGAGGCAACAACGAAUCUCCAAAGCUCUGAAUCUCCGAAGCCCGAGCCAACUAAUAAGAUUAUUGCAAGGACAAUGUCACAAGCACGAUUUCUUCGCCCGCCAUUUUCACGAUCAUUUGCGGAAAUAGUGCCGACAGAGCGACCAACAAUGUUGUGGUCAGGCGCCGAGAAAGGAACUGCAGGGCUCCCGCUACCGAACACUAAGAACGUUAACGGCGUCAGUACAUCUCGUGUAGUCCUUCCUAGUAAAUUCUAUAGAAUCUCGCCAUUGGAAACGCAAAAGAGUGCCGAAAGUACCAGAGUGGUGAUGAGCCAACAAACGCUUCCUGCUAGCCAAGCCGUCAGUAAGGAGAAAAGAUUGGAACUACAUAUACCUUCUAUGUGGCUUAAAAAGCCCCAUGUGGAAACCCCGCUUGGAACGUCAUUAAGGCCUACGACGCAGCUGACUGGGAGAAAGCUUGUAACGCUGCCAGUCGUGCGUACUAUGGGAACUCUUGGAGGCAAGACACCUGGUACAGUACAUCCCGGCUAUCAGCAGUCGACACCUCCGUUUAAUAUACUGCCACAAGAACCAUCAACCUCAACCAGUACUGCAGUUCAUCAUGAAAUUCACUCCAAAAGUAAAGUAGUUAUCAAGAACGCGUUCCCUGACAAGCGUAGCCCUCAUGCGAAAUAUACAAAGACAUCUAUUACAGCGAAGCCGGAACGCCCGCAAACAUUUAUGGUACUAGGAACAGGAAAAAGACCUGGCAUACUACAAACGCCACAGAGAGAAGCUUACGGACAAAAUACGUCUCCUACAGUCGUUCUCAACAAGGGGAUUUUGCAGACAACUAGCGGAACCUUGCUAAACAAGCCGCCAUUUCUUGCAAGUCAUGGAGCAGUUCAGAGACCUGCAGUGGCUCCACCAGCGAAAAUCACUAAUUUACAGACGGUACAACAUUCUAAAUAUACUCGGAACGUAUCUACAAUGGAUGCCAUGAGGGCGCCAUCAAAGAAGUCGUUCCUGUUAAAUAAAGAGACCAAUGAGAAGACAACGCGGCAGCCGCAUUUCACUGCAGAAUCAAAGAAACAUAAAAACAAGAAAAAACAAUUUUCUACUGGAAGUCUACCGCCUAAGGCACCCGGAAAUGCUUACGUGACAACAGCGCAGAUGGCCUCAACAUUGAUAAGUAACAGACCAGUGAAUGCAGCUGAAAUGAAUCUUGCACCAUCAGUUCAAGCAAGCGACGCGAACAACGCACCACGCACUAUACAUCAAGUCAAACGAACAAACGUGGGUACAAGUGGAACAUUCUCGGAUGGCCCCGCUAUUUUCAAAUCAGUGCCAACUGUAAAAGCACCAGGAACAUUGGAAACGAAGCCACAUAUUCCCAGAAAAGAAAGGGCUUUAGCAAGUGCCGUGCUUGGCCCUAACCAAAAUAUCGAAAGGUCGUUUGCAACACUGCAACAGGUGCGACUUCACUCCGCAAACCAAGAAGUGAUAAAAAAAUCCAAACAUCACGACCUAAACUUCCACAGCAACCAACAACCAGUAAAGGGAAAGAAGAAAAACUCAAAUUCACCUGUAAGAUCCACCCAAGCACAAACCGCGCCAUGUCCAAUCGUACCCGCUAAACCAGCUGUGAGUUACGAAACUGGCACUGCACCACAGAUACCAUCUACGGCAACAAGAGAGACAGAGAAGAACGCUUGGGAAGUUCAUCAGGCAAGAAUACAUCCAUCAACAACCAGAGAAGGGGCAACAUUGGGUGCCUCACAUAUCAGGCGCACAGACAUAACGAACGCAAAUAAAAAAAGAACAAGCAAAAUAGUAACAAAUGAUACAAGAGCACAUGGAGCAGUCGUUAGUUCGCUACCAAGUAUACCUAAGCCUGCUGGAGGACCUUCGCACAGGCAAUCCCACGCUGGAUUCAACGCAACGUAUAGAAUAACGGAUACUGUGCUGGAACGUGCUGAUACGAAGGCGACAUCAACAGCAACGAAGAGGCUUCCAGCAAACAUACCAAAAAAGGCACCUGCCACGAUAGAGACAACGACGAAAACACGUUUGAGAAGUUCGCAGUCAGUUCAAAUAAAUAACGCAAUGGUUAAUGGCCGUCUUAACACAGGCCAAAUAAGCCAAUCACGUGGAACCUUACCACAUAGGCAAAUAAUCACUCCUCAACCUGGCACUUUGCCACAAAAGCACUCUUCAGCAAAGCAUUCUCAGGUAACAUUCGGUGGGGCUUCGCACACAACUAAAAAAGUAGGGACGAAUAUUACAAGAAUACAUGAAGCCACCGUCCCUUCAGUAAUAACUAAACAAAAGGAAGCUGGAGGACUUCGUGCGAAGCACUCACAUUCUGAUUUUAAUAGAACGGUUACAGCAGCCGGCUAUGUGGUGAUGAGUGUUGGUAACAAAACCAAAGCAGCAGCAAGUUACCGUCCUGCAAAAGUAACACCGAAAAAGGUAUCGGCGAGUACAAUGACAAUGGCGAAAACAAUUUCUAGAAGUUCGCAAUCACUUAAAGCAAACAAGACAAGCGUAAAUAAUGCUCUAAAAAAAAACCAAGGAAGCGCACCACGUCGAGCCGCACUACCUAAGCAAACAAACAUUUCAAUGGCUGGCAUUGUGCCACAAAAGCCAUAUGUACCAACAAAUGGCGCGGUAACCUCAGGGGGAACUACGCACACCACUGAAAAAGUAGUGAAAAAUGUUACAAGAGUACGCAUAGCCGCUGUUCCUUCAGUACCAACAAAACAGAAGUACACUGGAGGAAUUUCGCCGGCCCAAUCACUUCCUGAUUUUAAUGGAACGCUAACAGCUGCAGGUACUGUACAGCCGGGUAGUGAUACCAAGGCGAAAACACCAGCAACUCAAAGGCCUGCAGCUGAGACACCCAGAAAGGUACCAGCGCCUACACCAACAACGGUGAAAACCGUGUCAACAAGUUCGCAAUCAGUUCAUAUAAACAAGACAACGCUAGAUAUUCCUCUCAACUCGGGCAAAGCAAGCAUACCAGGUGUAGCAUUAACCCCUAAGAAAUCAAGUAUUUAUGAACCAGGCACCGUGCCACAAAAACCAUCGGCACCAACUAGCAGAGGGCUAACAACUGGUGAAGCUACAAUGGAAAAAGUAGUAACCAAUGUCACAACAGUACUUGGUGCCGCAGGUCCUUCAAUAGUAGCCAAACCGACAACAGAUGGAGGCCUGCCUAAGAAGCCAGCGACUUCUGAUUUGAACAGAAUAGUUGCAGCAGUGGGUACUGCGCAGCCGGGUGCUCAUACCAGGAUGAAAACAGCCGCAACUCAGAGGCCUGAAACAGCGACUCCUAUAAAGGUGAUCCCGGCUACCGCAACAACGGUGAAAACGCUGUCUAGAAGUUCGCAAUCAAUCCAAACAAACAAGAGAGCUUUGAAGAGGCCUGUCAACACGGGCAAAGAAAGCGUACCACGAAUACCAUUCCCACCUAAGCAAUCAAGUAUAUUUGAGCCUCGCACCGUGCCACGAAAUCCAUCGGUACAACCAAAAAGAGUGGUCACAUCAGGUGAAGCUUCACACACCACGGAAAAAGUAGUAACUAAUUACACAAGAGUGCUUGAAGGCGCCGUUCCAUCAAUGCCAGCAAAACCCAAACCAGCCGGAGGCCUGUUGCAGAAGCAAGCACCUUCUGAUUUGAACAGAAUGGUUACAGCGGCAGGUACUACAAAGCCGGGUGCUCAUACCAGGUUGAAAUCAGCAGUGACUAACAGGCCUGCAGUAGCCACACCCAUGAAAGCAUCCACGGCUACAAUAACAACGGAGAAAACAGCUUCUAGAAGUUCGCAAUCAGUUCAAACAAAGAAGACAGCUUUGAAUAACCCUAUCAACAAAGGCAAAGGAAGCGUACCACGUAUAGCAUUACCACCUAAGCAAUCACGUAUUUCUCCACAUCGCACCGUGCCACGCAAUCCAUCUGCACGACCACAUGGAGGGGUAACCUCAGGUGAAGCCACACACACCGCGGUAAAUGUAGUAACCAAUUUCACAAGAGUGUUUGGAGGCACCGUUCCAUCAAUACCAACUAAACCGAAACAAGCUGCAGGCCUGUCGCAGAAGCAAGCACCUUCUGAUUUGAACAGAAUGGUUACAACAGCGGGUACUGUGCAGACGGGUGCUCAUACCAGGGUGAAACCAGCAGCGACUAAAAGGCCUGAAGCAGCCACACCCAUGAAAGCAUCCACGGCUACAAUAAAAACGGAGAAAAGAGUUUCUAGAAGUUCGCAAUCAGUUCAAACAAACAAUACAGCUUUCAAUAGCCCUGUCAACAAAGGCAAAGGAAGCGUACCACGUAUAGCAUUACCACCUAAGCAAUCAAGUGUUUCUCAACAUCGCACCGUGCCACGAAAUCCAUCUGUACCACCACAUGGAGGGGUAACAUCAGGUGAAGCUACGCACACCACGGAAAAAAUAGUAACCAAUUUCACAAGAGUGUUUGGAGGUGCCGUUCCAUCAAUACCAACCAAACCGAAACCAGCUGCAGGCCUGUCGCAGAAGCAAGCACCUUCUGAUUGGAACAUAAUGGUUACAGCAGAGGGUUCUGCGCCACCGGGUGCUCAUACCAGGUUAAAACCAGCAGUGACUAACAGGGCUGAAGUAGCCACACCCAUGAAAGCAUCCACGGCUACAAUAACAACGGAGAAAACAGUUUCUAGAAGUUCGCAAUCAGUUCAAACAAAGAAGACAGCUUUGAAUAACCCUGUCAACAAAGUCAAAGGAAGCAUACCACGUAUAGCAUUACCACCUAUGCAAUCAAGUAUUUCUCCACAUCGCACUGUGCCACGAAAUCCAUCUGUACCACCACGUGGAAGGGUAACCUCAGGUGAAGCCACACACACCGUGGUAAAAGUGGUAACCAAUUUCACAAGAGGGUUUGGAGGCGCCGUUCCAUCAACACCAACAAAACCGAAACCAGCUGCAGGCCUGUCGCAGAAGCAAGCACCUUCUGAUUUCAACAGAAUGGUUACAACAGCGGGUACUGUGCAGCCGGGUGCUCAUACCACGGUGAAAUCAGCAGCGACUAACAGGUCUGCAGUAGCCCCACCCGCGAAAGCAUCCAAGGCUACAAGAACAACGGAGAAAACAGUUUCUAGAAGUUCGCAAUCAGUUCAAACAAAGAAGACAGCUUUGAAUAACCCUGUCAACAAAGUCAAAGGCAGCAUACCACGUAUAGCAUCACCACCAAUGCAAUCAAGUAUUUCUCCACAUCGCACCAUGCCACCAAAUCCAUCUGUACCACCACAUGGAGGGGUAACCUCAGGUGAAGCCACACACACCGCGGUAAAAGUGGUAACCAAUUUCACAAGAGGGUUUGGAGGCGCCGUUCCAUCAAUACCAACGAAACCGAAACCAGCUGCAGGCCUGUCGCAGAAGCAAGCACCUUCUGAUUUGAACAGAACGGUUACAACAGUGGGUACUGUGCAGCCGGGUGCUCAUACCAGGGUGAAACCAGCAGCGACUAAAAGGCCUGCAGUAGCCGCACCCAUGAGAGCAUCCACGGCUACAAUAACAACGGAGAAAACAGUUUCUAGAAGUUUGCAAUCAGUUCAAACAAAGAAGACAGCUUUGAAUAACCCUGUCAACAAAGGCAAAGGAAGCGUACCACGUAUAGCAUUACCACCUAAGCAAUCAAGUAUUUCUCCACAUCGCACCGUGCCACGCAAUCCAUCUGCACCACCACAUGGAGGGGUAACCUCAGGUGAAGCCACACACACCGCGGUAAAAGUAGUAACCAAUUUCACAAGAGUGUUUGGAGGCGCCGUUCCAUCAAUACCAACCAAACCGAAACCAGCUGCAGGCCUGUCGCAGAAGCAAGCACCUUCUGAUUUGAACAGAAUGGUUACAACAGCGGGUACUGUGCAGCCGGGUGCUCAUACCAGGGUGAAACCAGCAGCGACUAAAAGGCCUGAAGCAGCCACACCCAUGGAAGCAUCCACGGCUACAAUAAAAACGGAGAAAAGAGUUUCCAGAAGUUCGCAAUCAGUUCAAACAAACAAUACAGCUUUCAAUAGCCCUGUCAACAAAGGCAAAGGAAGCGUACCACGUAUAGCAUUACCACCUAAGCAAUCAAGUGUUUCUCAACAUCGCACCGUGCCGCGAAAUCCAUCUGUACCACCACAUGGAGGGGUAACAUCAGGUGAAGCUACGCACACCACGGAAAAAAUAGUAACCAAUUUCACAAGAGUGUUUGGAGGUGCCGUUCCAUCAAUACCAACACAACCGAAACCAGCUGCAGGCCUGUCGCAGAAGCAAGCACCUUCUAAUUGGAACGUAAUGGUUACAGCAGAGGGUUCUGCGCCGCCGGGUGCUCAUACCAGCUUAAAACCAGCAGUGACUAUCAGGCCUGAAGUAGCCACACCCAUGAAAGCAUCCACGGCUACAAUAACAACGGAGAAAACAGUUUCUAGAAGUUCGCAUUCAGUUCAAACAAAGAAGAUAGCUUUGAAUAAGCCUGUCAACAAAGGCAAAGGAAGCGUACCACGUAUAGCAUUACCACCUAUGCAAUCAAGUAUUUCUCCACAUCGCACUGUGCCACGAAAUCCAUCUCUACCACCACAUGGAAGGGUAACCUCAGGUGAAGCCACACACACCGCGGUAAAAGUGGUAACCAAUUUCACAAGAGGGUUUGGAGGCGCCGUUCCAUCAACACCAACCAAACCGACACCAGCUGCAGGCCUGUCGCAGAAGCAAGCACCUUCUGAUUUCAACAGAAUGGUUACAACAGCGGGUACUGUGCAGCCGGGUGCUCCUACCUGGGUGAAGCCAGCAGCGACUAACAGGCCUGAAGCAGCCACACCCGUGAAAGCACCCACAGCUAUAAUAACAACGGAGAAAACAGUUUCUAGAAGUUCGCAAUCAGCUCAAACAGAGAAAACAGCUUGGAAUAGCCCUGAGCACAAAAGGAAAGGAAGCGUACCACGUAUAGCAUUACCACCUAAGCAAUCAAGUAUUUCUAAACAUCGCACCGUGCCACGAAAUCCAUCUGUACCACCACAUGGAGGAUUAACAUCAGGUGAAGCUACACACUCCACGGAAAAAGUAGUAGCGAAUUUCACAAGAGUCUUUGAAGGCGCCGUUCCAACAAUACCAAUCAAAUCGAAACCAGCUGCAGGCCUGUCGCAGAAGCAAGCACCUUCUGAUUUGAACAGAAUGGUUACAAGAGCGGGUACUGCGCAGCCGGGUGCUCAUACCAGGGUGAAACCAGCAACGACUAAAAGGCCUGAAGCAGCCACACCCAUGAAAGCAUCCACGGCUACAAUAAAAACAGAGAAAAGAGUUUCUAGAAGUUCGCAAUCAAUUCAAACAAACACUACAGCUCUCAAUAGCCCUGUCAACAAAGGCAAAGGAAGCGUACCACGUAUAGCAUUACCACCUAAGCAAUCAAGUGUUUCUCAACAUCGCACCGUGCCACGAAAUCCAUCUUUACCACCACAUGGAGGGGUAACAUCAGGUGAAGCUACGCACACCACGGAAAAAAUAGUAACCAAUUUCACAAGAGUGUUUGGAGGUGCCGUUCCAUCAAUACCAACCAAACCGAAACCAGCUGCAGGCCUGUCGCAGAAGCAAGGACAUUCUCCUUUCAACAGAAUGGUUACAACAGCGGGUCCUGCGCAGCCGGGUGCUCAUACCAGGGUGAAACCACCAGCGAUUAACAGGCCUGAAGCAGCCACACCCGUGAAACUAUCCACGGCUACAAUAACAACGGCGAAAACAGUUUCUAGAAGUUCGCAAUCAGUUCAAACACAGAAAACAGCUUGGAAUAGCCCUGAGCACAAAAGGAAAGGAAGCGUACCACGUAUAGCAUUACCACCUAAGCAAUCAAGUAUUUCUCCACAUGGCAGCGUGCCACGAAAUCGAUCUGUGCCACCACAUGGAGGGGUAACCUCAGGUCAAGCCACACACACCACGGUAAAAGAAGUAACCAAUUUGAAAAGAGUGUUUGGAGGCGCCGUUCCAUCGAUUCCAACCAAACCGAAACCAGCCAGAGGCCUGUCGCAGACGCAAGGACGUUCUCCUUCGAACAGAAUGGUUACAACUGCGGGUCCUGCGCAGCCAGGUGCUCAUACCAGGGUGAAACCAGCAGCGACUAGCAGGCCUGCAGUAGUCACACCCAUGAGAGCAUCCACGGCUACAAUAACAACGGAGAAAAUAGUUUCUAGAAGUUCGCAAACAGUUCAAAUAAAAAAGAAAGCUUUGAAUAACCCUGUCAACAAAGGCAAAGGAAGCGUACCACGUAUAGCAUUACCACCUAAGCAAUCAAGUAUUUCUCAACAUCGCACCGUGCCACGAAAUCCAUCUGUACCACCACAUGGAGGGGUAACCUCAGGUGAAGCCACACACACCGCGGUAAAAGAAGUAACCAAUUUCACAAGAGUGUUUGGAGGCGCCGUUCCAUCGAUCCCAACCGAACCGAAACCAGCUGCAGGCCUGUCGCAGAAGCCAGGACGUUCUCCUUUGAACAGAACGGUUACAGCAGGGGGUAUGGUGCAGCCGGGUGCUCAUACCAGGGUGAGACUAGCAGCGACUAACAGGCCUGCAGCAGCCACACACAUGCAAGCAUCGACGGCUACAAUAACAACGGGGGAAACAGUUUCUAGAAGUUCACAAUCAGUUCAAACAAAGAAGACAGCUUCGAAUAGCCCUGAGCACAAAGGGAAAGGAAGCGUACCACGUAUAGCCUUACCACCUAAUCAAUCAAGUAUUUCUCAACAUCGCACUGUGCCACGAAAUCCAUUUGUACCACCACAUGGAGGGGCGACAUCAGGUGAAGCUACGCACAUCACGGAAAAAGUAGUAGCCAAUUUCACAAGAGUGUUUGGAGGCGCCGUUCCAACAAUACCAACCAAACCGAAACCAGCUGCAGGCUUGUCGCAGAAGCAAGGACCUUCGCCUUUGAACAGAAUGGUUACAGCAGCGGGUACUGCGCAGCCGGGUGCUCAUACCAGGGUGAAACCAGCAGCGACUAACAGGCCUGCAGUAGCCCCACCCAUGAAAGCAUCCACGGCUACAAUAACAGCGGCGAAAACAGUUUCUAGAAGUUCGCAAUCAGUUCAAACACAGAAAACAGCUUGGAAUAGCCCUGAGCACAAAAGGAAAGGAAGCGUACCACGUAUAGCAUUACCACCUAAGCAAUCAAGUAUUUCUCCACAUGGCACCGUGCCACGAAAUCCAUCUGUGCCAUCACAUGGAGGGGUAACCUCAGGUGAAGCCACGCACACCACGGAAAAAGUAGUAACCAAUUUCACAAGAUUGUUUGGAGGUGCCGUUCCAUCAAUCCCAACCAAACCGAAACCAGCUGGAGGCCUGUCGCAGAAGCAAGGGCCUUCUGGAAGCCAUAGUAUUGCUUCAGUGGCAGGUAGUGUUUUGCGUGGUGCAGAUUUGAAGGGGAAACCAGUAACAAUUCACAGACCUGCAGCAAAGUCACCUAGAAAGGUUCCGGCGACAUCAGAUAGUAAAGCUGAAACAGAAAAGCAACCACCACACCGAGUAGGAGAGUCUGAUAUUUCGAGAAUGCAAUCAUCGCUUGAGGAACCAUCCAAAAAGAAUCGCUCAGGUUCAGAGAAAACAACUAGGAAAUCUAUUUCUCAGACGAUUUCCGAAACGCGUGGUUCAGUAUUGAAAGUAAGGCCUACAACUUUAAUGACGAUUAAUGCGACAACUGCAAGCCAUGUCACGUUGAAUCAAGCGUGGCCACAGCACGUCGGUGUCGGCCAACUUCUAAUGACAACGUCGACUAUAGAAAAUAAAACAAUUGGAAUUCCGUUAGCGCCUCCCAGUGGAAAGACUUCAAUAACGGUCCCUGCCGCACAACGCGAUGCAACAGUAAGCAACAAUGCUUUCUCAUCAGCGUUGAUGCAAAUGCUUUUGUUGAGGAUCCUGGGCAGAGUGAGUGCGACAAGUCCAAGCGCAGUUAUUUCGAGAGAAUUACUUCCUUCUUUCACGGGAGAACCUGCUGUUGCAAGCAAGCCCAUUGCUAGAGAAACGGUACCUAAAGCUUCGUUUGUUGAGGGUCACAAAUGCGAUGAAGAGGCCCUCGCGAACGCUAGAGCUGCUCUUUCGGGUCUGCAACCAAUUUUGGAGCGGAAAAACACCACCACCACAAUAACAACUUUUCUGAGGGCACCUGGUGGUCGCAUCUUCAAUGUCACGGACGUCGUCUCGUCCAGCACUACCAUUCUGCCCAUUGGGAAGAUGUCAGCAGCUACGAUACAUAACCAAAGUACUGCGAUGCCAUCAUAUUUCAAAAAUGUGCACAAACCAAUGACGGAAAUGCAACAACGUGUGACCGGGCAAGCAUCUCAGCUCGAGCCAUCGCUAUCAGAGAUGCAAACCAAAGGACAGCCUUGCAGGUUACAACCACCAGUGCCACCAGUUUUAAAUUGCCGGUUCACGUGUGACAACCACAAAGACAAUGAGCGCUACGAAACUGAGAAAGACGGAACUCCGUGCCAUCUGCACAGAAGGGUUAGGAGCCUAAUCGGCGUCUGUGUGCGUGGGCAGUGUCAACAGAUUGCAAAUAAAUGAGGGCAUGUGCGUUGC